UUCACAAACUGUAAAAUUUUAUUGAUUUUUUUCUAGUUUCGAAAAAAACUUGAAUUUUUUUACCAAAGAUUUUUUGAAUUUUGAAACAAAAUGAUCAACGAUACAAAUACAAUGGAUCGAACAAUGAUCGAUAUAAAAAAUCAUCAAACCCCAUUACCAUCAUCAUCAUCAUCAACACAAUCAUCAUCAUCGUUGGCAAAUAUGAUUCUAUUACAACAUUAUCUUCUGGCACAACGACAACAACAAAUGCAACAGCAACCCAUUGAAAAAAUUAUUUCAAAUCCAAUUCAAUAUCAACGACAAUUUGCUGAAUUUUUUAAUCAUCAUCAUUCUCAACAUCAACAACAAAAACAACAUCAAUCAAAUUUAUAUUCAUCAUUAUUGAUGGCUUCAUUCAACAAUAAUAACCAUCACCAUCAUCAACAUUAUCAUCAUCAACAUCAUGCCCAUAAUCAUCAGAUAAAUCAAUGCCAAUCCCAUUCAAUAAAUCCAUUUAUGUCAUCAUAUCCGAUGAUGACGUCUACUGCCAUGUUUAAUAAUCAACAGCAACAUAAUAAACAUUCAUUGAUGGAAACAUCGAAUUUGUUAUUGACACCUCCACAUACACCUGGAGCAAUUUCAUUGGAAAAUGGCUCAUCAUCAUCAUCUUCGGUGUCUGCAAUGUCACCACCACCAUUGAAUCUGACAAAAAUUAAACGAAAUCCCGAAAAACAAUCACAACCGGAACCAAUGAAAAAACGAAAAUUUGAUUUUGCCAAUCUUGCCAGAUCUGCUACCGAACCCGAUGAUGAUAUUGAUGUUAUUCAUUCAACUUCAAAUCAACAGAUUUGCGAUAAAUUUAUGGAUGAAAAUGGUGCGAAAAAGACAAACAGUAAUGGUGGACGACGAAAAAAGAAAAAAUUUAUUUGUCGAUUCUGUCAAAGACAAUUCACUAAAUCAUAUAAUCUAUUGAUUCAUGAACGAACUCAUACGGAUGAACGACCAUUCAAUUGUGACAUUUGUGGUAAAGCAUUUCGACGACAAGAUCAUUUACGUGAUCAUCGAUUUAUUCACUCAAAGGAAAAACCAUUCAAAUGUACAGAGUGUGGUAAAGGAUUUUGUCAAUCACGUACAUUAGCUGUGCAUAAAAUUUUGCAUAAAGAAAUGUCACCACAUAAAUGUCAUCUAUGUGGUCGAGGAUUCAAUCAACGAUCAAAUCUAAAAACACAUUUACUAACACAUACGGAUAUUAAACCAUUUAAUUGCGAUAAAUGUGGUAAAGAAUUUCGACGUAACUGUGAUCUACGCCGACAUAUGUUGAUACAUUCAAUGUCGAAUACCAUUCAAUCGGAUGAACAAAAAACAUCGAUCACCAAAACGAUUCAAUCAUUCAAUCAAUCACAAUCACAGCCAAUAAUUCAUCAAUAUAAUUCCAUUGAAUCACUUGUUGCUCGUAAUUAUUGAUUGAUUUAACCAUUCACAUGUAUCAUUUUUUCUUCCAUCCUGUAU